AAGACUUCUACACACUUACUGUCGCUGCUAACAAACCAUCAAAACCCUAAAACCUUGAUCUUCAAUCCAUUUCAUGCAAUAUGGCUUCCGAUGAUGACAUGGAGGAUUAUGGAUUUGACUAUUCGGAUGAAGAGCAAGAGGAGCAAGACAUUGAUAUUGAGAAUCAAUAUUACAAUUCAAAAGGUAUGAUUCAAACUAAUUUAGAAGGUGCACUUGCUGGUUUCACUCAAGUGGUGGAAAUGGAACAAGAAAAGACAGAAUGGGGAUUUAAAGCUCUAAAACAAACUGUCAAGCUAUAUUGUCAAAUGGGAAGGUACAAAGAGAUGAUGGACGCAUAUAGGAAGAUGUUGACAUAUAUUAAGUCAGCAGUGACUCGUAACUAUAGUGAAAAAUGCAUAAGCAACAUUAUGGACUAUGUCUCAAGUUCAGUAAGCCAAAACUUUUCCCUUCUUCAAGAAUUCUACCAGACAACUUUAAGGGCCAAUGAAAAAGCAAAGAAUGAGAGAUUGUGGUUUAAGACAAAUCUAAAGCUUUGUAAGAUUUAUUUUGAUGUUGGUGAAUAUGCACGCAUGAGUAAGAUCUUAAAAGAGCUUCACAAUUCUUGUAAAAGAGAAGAUGGGACAUAUGACCAUAACAAAGGAACUCAACUUUUGGAGAUAUAUGCUAUAGAGAUUCAAAUGUACACAAAGACCAAGAACAACAUCAAACUUAAGCAACUUUACAAAAAAUCACUCACUGUUAAGUCAGCAAUUCCCCAUCCAAGGAUAAUGGGAAUAAUCCAUGAAUGUGGGGGGAAAAUGCAUAUGGUGGAGCACCAAUGGGUAGAAGCAACUACUGAUUUCUUUGAAGCUUUUAAAAAUUAUGAUGAAGCUGGGAAUCAAAGACGUAUCCAAUGCUUAAAGUACCUUGUUCUUGCUAACAUGUUGAUGGAGUCUGAAGUAAAUCCGUUUGAUGGGCAGGAAGCUAAGUCAUACAAGAAUGACCCUGAAAUUUUGGUCAUGACAAAUUUAAUAGCAGCUUAUCAACGAAAUGAAAUAUUGGAAUUCGAGGAAAUCUUGAAGAAUAACAGAGGAACAAUUAUGGAUGAUCCAUUUAUUAGAAAUUAUAUUGAAGAUUUGUUGAGGAAUAUUAGAACACAAGUCUUGUUGAAGCUCAUCAAACCAUAUACGAGGAUUAAGAUUUCUUUCAUAUCUAAGGAACUUAAUGUUCCUGAGCAAGAUGUUGAGCAACUAUUGGUCUCACUGAUUUUGGAUAAUAAAAUUCAAGGACAUAUUGAUCAAGUGAACCGGAUAUUAGAAUGCUAUGAUAGGUCUAAAGGAAUGAAAAAAUACAAUGUUGUUGACAAAUGGAACACACAACUUAAAUCUCUUUAUAAAACUAUUUGCAAAAGAGUUGCUUAAAACAUCCACCGGCUUGUACUUUUGUCAUGUGAAUUAUUGUAAGCUACAAUGGGGAGGGAGAUAUGA